CAUACUUGUUAUUGUCUUUUUGAUUACAGCCAUCCUAGUGGAUGUGAAGUAGUCUCUUAUUGCCAACUUCAUUCUGGGCUUGCCUGCUUGUGUGUUCGGUUUGGCUCUGGGCGUGGGCUUCUGGGGAAGAUGGGCUUGCUGUGUUGGGAUGCUUGGAGUACUGCCUUGGACUAAAUGAUGCUUGCAGUGUGGCUCUUUUCUACUCCUGUGCUGCAUUGAAGUGAUGGGGACUGGGCUGUGUUGCAAAUAAAUUGAUUAUAUGUGUGUGUGUGUGUGUGUGUGUGUGUGUGUGUGUGUAUACACACAUGGUGUAGAUUUUUAGCCUAUAAAAUCCUUUAGAAAAUGCAGCCUUAUUUCAGACCUUCCAUAUGUAGAACAGAUGGGUGGUUUCGAAACCACUGGGCUCGAUGCCUUCCAAGCUCUGGAAUCUGAGUCUAACCACUAGAGACUUCCUGCCUAGCAGCCUCCUCAGCCCUCACUCCUGUCCUGGUUGCCUGGGAAGAGGGGGGCGCUUGCAGCAUUUGACCAAGCUGUGGGCCUGCCCCGGGCUGUGCUGAGAUUGCUGCGGUGAGAAGGAGUCCAGUGGCUCCAUCUGUGGUUCCAGCUCUGAGAGCAGUUUGUGCAGGAAACAGGAAGCAAGCUGGAAAAAUGCCACCACCGCGUCCCUUCCCAAGUCAAGGAAGAAGGGUCCUGGGUUUCGCUGGUGAUUCAGGAAAGUGUAGUGGCUGAUGAAGUCGCGAAGCCAGUGGGAGGUCCACGUGAGUAGCCCUCACAGCACUAAUCCCCUGAGAUCCAGGGAUGGCUGCUGGAACCCUCCCGGCUGUCUUCCACCUUCCACUUCCUCUGCAUUAGCAUUCUAGGAGCACCAGGCGCCCUGCUGUUUGAUGGGCAGGCGGAAUGUUCUGCAUUCUAGUGUUGCCUUGGCAGGGAGACGAUUCCUCCCAAGUCGGUCUGUUCUGUUGGUUGCAUUGCUCUGCUUUCCACCGCCGUGAGAGGCCUGAGUCAUCAGACACAGACUGUUCUGUUCCCUUGGAUUUUAGGAUAGCUUUCUUCUUUUAUUGAUGGCUAAUUCUUUGGGGAAAAAAAGAUAAUUUAUAGUACAUACAGGGACUUUCACUUAGCUGGAAUAUUAGAUUGCCCCAAGCGUCUGGUUUCUCCCCCAUAACUUGCUGGUAGAAUAAAAUGCCAUAGUGUCUCCUUGGAGGAUGCAGCUUCUUAAUUUUACAGAUGGAGAAACUGAAACCUAGGAGUUCUAGUGAUUGAAAGGGAAGGAAGCAUCAAUUGGAAGUCUAUCAUUUCAUUAACAGCCCUAGAAUUAGAGAAUGUUGGACCCAGAAGUAUCUCAGAGACCAUCUAUCCAACACCCUUGGUCUAUCAUACGUGCCUGUUUAAACCAUUGUGUUACUAACAGUUGUGUGUUGAUGGUGUUUAUUUUAUGAACUCCAGAGGGUGGUUUUCCCUGAAUUUCAACCCAAGGCAUGGCCUGCUAAGUGGUCAAGAGAGUAAGUGACGGGAGAAGUCCCAGGAGGGAAGGCCUGGCAGGCAGAGCCUUACAGAAAGCGUGAUGUGUACAGGAGGACAGGGCCGGGCAGGGCAGGUGCUGCCGGCUGGGCAAACAGCUUGUGCAAAGAUGUGGGAGGAACUUACAGGGCUUUCCUCAGGGGUCAGCAGGCAGCUGUGAACCGGUUGGAAAGGGUAUAGGCGAGAGGGCCUUGAAUGCCAGGAUCAAGAGCUUUGCCCUAAUAUUUACUCAACUGGGGGCCUUUGAUGAGUUUUGGGGUUCCAGGCCUUUUUCUCUAUUGCUCCUGCUGCUGCCCUGACCCAGGCCCUUCUAAUUUUCGGAUAACCUCCUAACUGAUCUGUCUGCCUCUAUUCUUGCCCCUUUCCAGCUAUAGUCCACAAAAGCCCCUGCUUAGGAGCUUUCUCAAAUGUAAAUCUGAUUCUGUCCAUCCCCCUUUUAAGCCCUUCCAUGGCUCCCUAUUGCCCAGUGGACAAGAUCCUGGCUUUUGCGGCCCUGUAUAACCUGCCUACCCCCCGCUUCUGCAGCCUCACUCUCGCUGUGCCUCUGCCUCUCCCAGGUUGCCUAGUUUCCUGAGCAGUCACGCUAUUGAAUCACUCACUGCUUUUGCCCAAGCUUCUCCAUCCCUCCCACUCACUUUCUCUGCCUGGUGAACUCCUAUUCAUCCUUCAAGACUCAACGUAAAUUUCCUUUUGUAGAGGCUUUCCCUGACCCUCCUGAAGCCACCAUUAAGCCCUGAAUGUGCUUCUGUUUUGAAGCUCACAUUGCGUUGCAGUUAUCUACCUCCAAAAUCCUGGCAGUUCCCAUUUUUGAGUGUUGUGUGGUGGGCCCUGGGCUAAGCCCCAUGCAUGUGUUACCCCGUGUUAUUCUCACAAUAACCAUAUGAGAUGCUUUGAGUUAGAGCCCCACUUACAGAUGAGGAAGCGAAGGCUCAGAGAAGUGGCGUGACUUGCCCAAGGCAGACAGCUGGAGGGUGAUGGAACUGGGAUUUGAGCCCAGAUCUCUGACUAUUUCUGACUCCUUCCAUCUCCUGUUCCCUGGAUCCUGCUAGAUCCCCUGAAUCCCCAUUGUGGGCCCUCAGGAAACACUGGGCAUGUGAGGGACUGAUCAAAGGGGUGGAUGCAGCUGAGUUGCCAUGGUGUGGGCAGGAUGGGGAAGUAGGAGGCUGGGGUGAGAAGGGGCUGGGCUUACUCUGGCCUGGAUGGAGGUGAUGAGCGAGUGUCAGCCCAGCUCCCCACAGCUGAGGGUUUCCUCUUCACCUUCCAUUCCAAGUGGCAGCCUCUGGCCACCUGGGGACAGGCCUGCAGGACUCCAGGCCGAGCAGAUAGCAUGGUGACAAAUGCCAUAGCAACCUGCCUCCUCCAUGGGGCCCAGAGGGGAGGGAGGACUUGAGAGAACACAGGGUGUGCACCAAGGCUUCUGGGCUGGAUUCUGGAGAGGCAAUGCCCUUUGGGCCUCGGUGUCUUCUGCCCUCCCAUGAGGGACCUCAGUCUGCAAGGUCCUGUUCCAGCAGGGGAAAUGCCACUUCCACUUCUGUCCUGGAUGAAUGGCUGGCUUUGGCCUCCCAGGAGACUGUCAGCUCCAUCCAGGUACAAAUGCCAUCCCCUUCCCAGCCCCGGCCAGAGAGGAAGGAAGAGGGAGCACAAGAGGAGGGAGGAGUGGAGUUGCCAAGCAAGGUAGGAGCAGGGACAGCUGGGACAAAGCCCUCAUUGUACCAAGGCCACACGCAGCUCCGAGGCAAACCAGGCAGCGUGCCUGCCUCCCAGGACCUAGGCCUAGAACUCUGCCCGGACUUUCCGAGCUCCUUAGCAACACUCACUGGAGCUGGCUUGGAAGAGUGAGGCCCAGCCUCAGCUCUGAGUCCUGCCUCUGCUAAGAAGUCCUCCCAAAAGCCCGGACGGGAGGGAGUGGUGAUGGGAGGAUGGCCGAUGAAGCCAGGCUCCUUGGGGCUAGAAGCCAGGGCCUGUUGGAUAUGAAGCUGUGUGACCUUGGGCACAAAUGUGAUAACACAUCCUGCCUUGAAGCAAUGUUAUCUGAAGUAAUGGGCCAAGGCACAUGAAAGCACUCAGCAUGGUCACCUGGCCACAGAAGGGUUCAGUCAAUGACAGGUGGUCCUUGAAGCCCUUGCCCACCCAUGAGCGAGGACUAGAUCCCUGCCCCCACUGUCCAGGCCCUCCUGGGCCCAGGAGGCAGUGGGCCAUUGGUGGCCUUCCUGGCAAGUACGGAGGAGCGCCGUUGUCCCCCCAGCCCCUGUCCCGUGGUUCCUCCUCCUGGGUUGCAGGAGGCCCUGCCCAGGGAGGCAUGAUGGGUGGGAUGUCACCAAGCUGGGGUGAGCAGCUCAGGUGACAGGCAGGGUGUCGACGGCUCCUGUGCCCGGCACCCGACACCUCCAGGCAGACAAUGCUGGCUGUGUCUGGGCCCUCCAGGGAACAGGCCACGUCUGUGUCACAGCCAGGAAGCAGGCCACCUGAGCAGCGCCUUUGUCGGCUCAGGAGGCAGCCCCGCUGCCGGCUGGGAUGGCCGGGUAUCCAGAGGCCGGGACGUGGGAAGGGGUGUUGCCCUGGGCGGGGACUCCGGGGUCUGGGACUCGGCCCCCCAGCAUCUGGUUUUGGCCUGGUUUAGGUGUCAGCCCUACCACGCUGGGGCUGUGACUCGGGCAGCCCUUCCCUCUCGGACUCCCCGUCCGUGCAGGGACUAACCGCAGCACUUCCUCAUAGGGCUGUUGGGACGAGUCGAUGGUGUAAUCCCCGGGGACACCGCCCAUCCCGCCCCUCACCCGGACCCACAGCCUCAUGGCCAUGUCCCUGCCAGGCAGUAGACGGGCCUCUGCUGGAUCCCGCAGGCGCACCUCUCCACCUGUGAGCGUGCGGGAUGCCUACGGCACCUCCUCCCUCAGCAGCAGCAGCAACUCAGGCUCCUGCAAGGGCAGUGACAGCAGCCCCACGCCCAGGCGCUCCAUGAAGUACACACUGUGCAGUGACAACCACGGCAUCAAGCCGCCCACCCCGGAGCAGUACCUGACGCCCCUGCAGCAGAAGGAGGUGUGCAUCCGGCACCUGAAGGCCCGGCUGAAGGACACGCAGGACCGGCUCCAGGACCGGGACACGGAGAUUGACGACCUGAAGACGCAGCUGUCGCGCAUGCAGGAGGACUGGAUCGAGGAGGAGUGCCACCGUGUGGAGGCCCAGCUGGCCUUGAAGGAGGCCCGCAAGGAGAUCAAGCAGCUCAAGCAGGUCAUUGACACUGUCAAAAACAACCUGAUCGACAAGGACAAGGGGCUGCAGAAGUACUUUGUGGACAUCAACAUCCAGAAUAAGAAGCUGGAGACGCUGCUGCACAGCAUGGAGGUGGCGCAGAAUGGCCUGGCCAAGGAGGACGGGGCUGCCGAGUCGGCCGGCGGCUCCCCGGCCCGCUCCCUCACCCGCAGCUCCACCUACACCAAGCUCAGCGACCCUGCCGUUUGUGGUGACCGCCCACCCGGCGCCUCCGCCGAGGACGGGAUUGACAGUGGCUUCGUGGCGACCGAGGACACACUAAGCCGGACGGAUGCGCUGGAGGCCAGCAGCCUGCUGUCGUCAGGGGUGGACUGCGGCCCCGAGGAGCCCUCCUCGCUGCACAGCUCCUUCAGCCUGGGCCCCCGCUUCCCCGCCAGCAACACCUACGAGAAGCUGCUGUGCGGCACGGAGGCCGGCGUGCAGGCCAGCUGCAUGCAGGAGCGCGCCAUCCAGACGGACUUUGUGCAGUACCAGCCGGACCUGGACAACAUCCUGGAGAAAGUGACCAAGGCCCAGGUCUGCGGGGCCGUCCCCGAGUCAGGGGACGGGCGCCCGGAGCCGGAUCCCCACCCCCCGGGGCCCAGAGACCCCAACUCUGUGGUGGUGGUGACGGUGGGUGACGAGCUCGAGGCCCCGGAGCCCAUCACUCAGGGGCCCAGCCCACACCACCCCGGUGCGAACCCAAACCCCAGUCUGUCGGUGAGCGUGGCGUGCCCUGUGGAAGAGGAGGAGGAGGCGGCCGCGGCCGAGAAGGAGCCCAAGAGCUACUGGAGCCGCCACUACAUCGUGGAUCUGCUGGCAGUGGUGGUGCCGGCCGUGCCCACGGUGGCCUGGCUCUGCCGCUCCCAGCGGCGCCAGGGCCAGCCCAUCUACAACAUCAGCUCCCUGCUGCGGGGCUGCUGCACCGUGGCCUUGCACUCCAUCCGCAGGAUCAGCUGCCGCUCGCUGAGCCAGCAGGGCCCGAGCGUGCGCACGGCGGGCGGCAGCUCCCAGCUCUGAGAAGCCCCGUCCCGGCCGGGGCUCCAGCGGCCUGACUACUGAUUGUAGGGGUGCCAUCCUCCCUCUCGUAUGUUCCCGUGGGGCAUCAUCUUAUUUAUUUAGUUUUGGGUUUGGAAGUGGUAUUUUUUGGCUGUUAACAGUGUCAGAGGCUGGGAGUCGGGGCUGGGGAAAGGCAUCCCAAAGCUUCAACAGGAGAGAAGGGAGGAGAGAGCAAGGCAAGAGAGGCACGCUGAUGGGACACGUUGCAGAGAGAGAGGGUGAGGUCCCCAACCUGGCCCCCCGGCCCACCUGGUCCCUCGCACAGGGCAGCCCCUGCUCAGGAAGUCUCUGGUGUGUUUAUCCGGGGAGGCCGGGCUUCACUUGUCCUCUGAGCCUCCCUGUCCCCCACCCCCGCCAUCCCUGUCCAGUUCCCAGCUCACCCCACACCUUCCCUCCCAAGCCACCCCUUGCCCUCAGCCAAGGCUUCCGGGCCAGUAUUCCCUCCUCAGAUGGGGGUCGCUGCAACCCUUCAGGCAGGGUCUGCAGCCACUGGGCCUGGGCUGCGCUCCAGCCUCUUCCAGCUGCUCCCGGUUUGGGAUUCAGGAGCACAGUCAAGGCCAUGGGCUGGAGGACAGGUAGCAAUGGGAAGAGGUGGCAGAGAGCAGCGUGGUUCUGUGUCUGUCUGUUCAUCCCAGACCUUCCCCACAUCUGUCUUCCCCUCAGUGCUCCUGGGCGUGGUGUGUCAGAGAAUUCUCCUGUGAGGCCAGGUGGGUCAGUGCCGGGGUGCAAAUGCUCGCCUGAGCUCCAGGUCCGUCUGGAGACUCUGCCAGCAUGAGAGGAGGAGACAGGGGCUGGCAGCUCAAAGGGGCUCCUCCAGACUCUGAGUCGAGGCCCUGGAGCCUGGGGAUGGGGCUGGACUUAGCCAUUCCCCUACUGGUUUGACCUUCCCUGGAGCUUGCCUGAGUCUCUCUGGGGACCUUAGGACCAACUUCUGCUUUGCACUGUGGGGCUUGGUUCUCACAUAUCCCAGGAUCUCCAGUGAGGUGGCUGCUUGCUUUCUAGGGUGAAGGUUCCUAAAUCUUAUACCUGUCAACCUCUAAGGGGCAGUUCUGGUGGGAUGAACGGCAAGAUGGGGUACUGAAGCCACGACGUCCGUGCAGGACAUGUAGGCUGCCCUGGGCGGUCUCCCAGAUCCGGGUGGAGUGAGGCUCCCAGCCCAAGCCCAGUGGGCCUGGGAAGGUUCAGUCCCCCUCCUUCCCCGGGACCACAUCUUGGUCUCCUAGCAAAGCUGCUGACAUUUUAUUAGCAUUAUUAUUUUACGGAAUAAACCCACUCCUUUUCUCCUGCAGGAUUUCUACCCAUCUGGUCGCCCCACUCAUUCUCCAGAGUCAGGCCCCACAUUUGGCGGUGGGGGCAGUUGGUGGGACCCUGUGUCUUACUCACCCCUCUGGCCUAGGGGCCACUCUGGUUCUGCCAAGGUUGCUUGCCCACCCCUGCUGCUCUGACAGCCGCUGCCUGACUCGUGGGCUCCGCCCUUCUUCUCUGUGCCCUCCGCGCCAGGGGGGACGCCUGCAUGCACUGGGAGUGGGCAGCUGGCCCAGCCAUCGUGGGGAGAGCCCCUCUGCCACGCGCUUUGUGCCUCCAGAGCUCCCCCUCCUCGCUCCAGGCCUCAGACUGCCAGCCUCUGUGGAGCACCUCCCGCCCCAGCUGAACCAAACCUGAACUCUGGGGGCCGGGCUGGGCUGCCCCACAGGACCCUGGGGUCGCGACAUGGAGGGGCAGUGGACAGACCCAAUCCAAAGCCAAGCCAGGACUGGCCUCGGACCCCGCCUCCUGUGCCGUGUACCCACAGAGCUGCAUAGUGUCUCCUUAGAGAUAGUCAAGGCUUUGCUGAGAAAAUGUACGACUAUAUUUGACAACAUAAAAUCUAUAUAUUUUUCACCAAUGGAAUCUAGUCAAGCCACGUAGCCCCUCUACUCCUGUCUGCGUCUUGCUGUCUGUGGCCUUCCUACUGUGUCUUGUGUUCUGGUGGACGUGGUCAGGCCCAGGGCUGUGGUCUGCUCUGUCUCUGAUGCUGGAGGAGCCACUUGUGAAGAGCAUGGACCCCGAGGCCUGUGGAUGAGGUGAGUGGGGCCGGGGCCACCCUCUGCUGCUGCUCUGGCCCCCGAGACCUGCCUGUUUGAUCAUAGGGGCCCCAGGCCACAGCACAGGGGGUCCUCUCUUUUGGAGGCUUUGGUGGGGCUUUCCAUGGGCUUUGCCUCUUGUCAGUGGAGGAGGCGGCCGCUGUCCCAGGCCUGGGACAGACGCUGGGCCCCCGGCCCGCGCGUGUGUGCGUGUGUGUGCUCAGAAUCCCGCAUCUAUGCAAAAGGGGCGGCGCCUCCCAGCCCUGACCGCAGGGCUCCAAACGCGGGGCUGGAGGGCGAGGCCGGGGCCCCCUGCUGAGAGCUCACCCUCCAAGGCUCCCUCUUCCUUCCUGCUUGAUACCCCCUCCUGUGGGCUGUGACCUUUCCUCCUGCCCUCCGCUUCUGGAGCAGAAAUCUCUGGGGCCUCCCCUCUCCCCAGCCUCUGGCUGGAGCUGAUUAGAUCCUGAGGGACAAUGUUCCCAGGAAUCAGCUUCUGGAACUGCUGGUCCUUUGGAGCCUCGCUGCCAGAAGUGGCUUCUCCUAAGUUGCGGGGCCCAGGCUGGAGCUACCUGACUGCUCCUCUGGUCCAGGCUCAAGCAGGAAUCAGAGCUGGGGGCCGGGACUCUGCCCAGAGAGCUAGCCUCAAGUGGAGUUUAUUCCAAAUAUCUCCCAACGGGAUAACUUAGCUUUUUACUGAACACCCUUCCCAGUCGCCACUAGCACAGGGGUAUCUGGCAGCGCCUCGGGGAGGGGUGCACAAAUGACAAGGUCCUGGGGCCAAGGCCCGAGGAGGGGCCUCUGCCCGGUGAAUUCAUGACCCCCUCUCUGACCUAGGGGUCAGCGCAAACAACUUACAGUGUGCAAUCAUAUUCGGCCAUGCCCUUAACAGAGAAUUAAGGGGAUACAGGAAGGUGGGAGGUGGGGAGGGGUCUUCACUUUUGUCUCCUUGGUCCUUUUGUUCAGACAGAGUUGUACCUGCAGCUGACAGCUCUGAAUUAAAGCAUGAAAACACAACAAGA